AUGACAGACUUCAAAACAGCAACAAAUUCCCUAGACGAAAUAAAAAACAUAUGUAACGAACUGCUAAUUGCAAAAGAAGAAGAUGUAUACAAUAAACUAAGUCUAUAUCAUGAACUCGAGCAUAAAUUAAAAAAACUAGAGCCCAUUAUAACCCGUAUAAGAUUACGUAGAAAUGAGAAAAAUGAGGAAAAAAAAAUUUAUGGCGAAAAAAUGAUAAAAAAUGUAGAUAUAUUAUUAGAACGAUAUGAUUUGUUAUACAAUAUAUACGAAGAAGAACUAACGGUUUUUAAAGAAAACUGUGAAAUUGAAAAAAAAUAUAUGACUGAAAAAAAGUUGUUACAGGAACAGCAAAGAAAAGAAUAUGAAAAAGAGUUACUCAACAGGGGACGAAUAAAAACAAAAAUGGAGGAACAAGAAAUUCAAAAACAAAAUGAACAAAAAAUGAAGUUUCUAAAAGACACACAAGAUGAAUAUGCACAGAGAAUAAACCGAAUAGAAACUAUAAAGCAGAUUAUAAAAGAAAAAUGCAACUUUCUCUAUGAUGAAAUUUCAGCUGCAUGUGACAGGAGCACUGUCGUAGCCUACAUUUACACACAGUUGGGUUCUCCUCUUGGAACCGCACCACCCAAAGAACGACCCCUACAUGUAGCCAACAUAGAAGAUGCAGCAGAUGUAGCAGAUGUAGCAGAUGUAGCAGAUGCAGCAGAUUCAGCAGAUGUAGCAGAUGCGGCGAGUAUAGCACAUGGGGGAAUCACGGCUGACACUUCCAACAACACAAAUCACGAGCAUCUGAUCGACUGCCUAUAUCUAAUUUAUAAACAUAACGAAUUCAAACUCUUCAAAGAGGCUCUCAAAAAUAUAAUUGAAUACUUGACAGAACUAGUAAAGAAUAUUGAUAACGAUCAACUGAAGCUGAUAAAUCUCAUGAAUGAAAAGUUUCAAAAAAAUAUUCUCUCCAAGAAGGGUACUUUAUUUCUAUUCAUUUUAAUCGGGUAUGUUGUGAAAAAACCCGAGGAUGUAAUUUAUGUACUACAAAAAAUUAACAGACAAAUAAAUGAAAAAAACAUCUACAUAUAUUUGGAAGAGCCUGAUAUUGCUACUGAUUAUGAGAAGUGGAAGACUUGGUACGACUAUCUGCAAAGUUCCUUAGAUAUUCUAUGCACCUUCUUUCGGUAUGUUAACAAGUAUUCGGAUGUUCCUGAGGAUCAUAAGGUACGUUCUAUUUUUCUGUACUUGAAGGAGAAGUUUGUGUUGGGACACACGCAAUGA